GAAUAUAUAAUACAAUGGAGCUUUUUCUUUUCUUUCGAGGCAUAGUUGAAAUAUUUACGUUUUUCAAUUAAGACUAAUUUGUUCUACAAAUUGGAUAGUGAAAGUUUUUUAACUCGCGACAAUUCCAAAAGAGUUCGAAGCGGCUACUGCACGUAUCGAGCAAUCUGACAAACACGUACUGGGUAUGCAGCGCUUUCUUGCAUACUUAAGUGAGUCCGCACCGAAAACUAAAUAAUCAUUUAUACAUGCCAAUCCCUCAACUGAAUGUAUUUGUGUGUGUGUAUGUGUGCGCAGUAUCGACCCCAAACUCUUACAUCCGUGGUUUAAAACAUACUACUCGCCAUACGCAACGUUCAUUUCGGUUUUGGUUACGACUCCACGCAUUUCUUAGCUCUCAGUGCACAAAAAAUCAAAAAUGAAACGGAAUUUCGUGAUAUUAUUCGGGUUUGUGCUCUGCACAGGUGCAUGGGAUAUCUCCGCAGGGCAGGAUACCUAUACGGAUGCGUUGCAAAACUCACAUAACACAGAUCAUGAUGGUCUUGGCGGGGGCUAUCAAUAUAACCCGCCACCAGAUAAUAGCUAUUUGCCCCCAGAUAAUAGCUAUUUGCCUCCAGCGCCGACACCGCAGGCUCCAGUCUACGGUCCACCGCCCGUCCCAUUCUAUAACUCCCCCCCGCCAGUGUACUAUAAGCCCGCUCAUCCAAUACCAUAUCAGGCGCACGAUUCAAUUUUAGCGAAACUCAAGUCUAAAAUAAGUCUACUAACUCUCGGCAAGAUCGUCUUGAAACUCUUAAUAUUCAAGAAGAUAGUCAAAUUUAUCGGCAUCAUUUGCUUGCUACUCGUUUUGCCCAAGCUGAAGCAUAUGUUCACAGAUAAUAUGUCUAUGGAAGACGAAAUCAACAGCAAGCACGUGGAAACGGAUAAGGAAAAACUUCAAAAACACAUUGAUAGUGUGUAUGAUUUUAUAAUGAGCUCCAUUCAAGCCUUUGAGGAAGAAACUACAUAACAGUUUGACAAUAGUUUUAGAUUUGUAUCUGCAAGAGUAUUAUUUAUUUAUUUAUUGUAAAUUUGUUAUGUUUUUUAAAAU